GGUGGCAGUCCAGGGCGCAUGCGUGCUGUGCGGAGCGGUGGGCUACCUGGAAGGUUAAAGCCGGCUUCGGCAGAGGUGGGGGUAUGGCCCGUACAAAUGUCCCUUCAGCCUUAUCUCUGCGAGAAGCCACCCAGCGGAAGUUGCGGACGUUUUCCGAGCUGAGAGGCAAACCUGUGGCAGCUGGAGAGUUCUGGGACAUUGUUGCAAUAACAGCAGCUGAUGAAAAACAAGAACUUGCUUAUAAGCAACAGCUGUCAGAAAAGCUGAAAAAAAAGGAAUUACCCCUUGGAGUUCAAUAUCAUGUUUUUGUUGAUCCUGCUGGAGCCAAAAUUGGUAAUGGAGGAUCAACAUUUUGUGCCCUUCGACAUUUGGAAAAGCUAUAUGGAGAUAAAUGGAAUUAUUUUACCAUCCUAUUAAUUCACUCCGGUGGCUACAGUCAACGCCUUCCAAAUGCAAGUGCUCUGGGGAAAAUUUUCACUGCUUUACCUUUUGGUAACCCCAUUUAUCAGAUGUUAGAAUUAAAACUAGCCAUGUACAUUGAUUUCCCCUCACAUAUGAAUCCUGGGAUUCUGGUUACCUGUGCAGAUGAUAUUGAACUUUAUAGUAUCGGAGAAUCUGAGUUUAUCAGAUUUGACAAGCCUGGCUUUACGGCUUUAGCUCAUCCUUCUAGCUUGACUGUAGGUACCACACAUGGAGUAUUUGUCUUAGAACCUUCUAAUUGUUUAGAAUAUAGUGACCUCGAAUAUCGGUGUUGCCAUCGUUUCCUUCAUAAGCCCAGCAUAGAAAGGAUGUGUCAGUUUAAUGCUGUGUGUAGACCUGGAAAUUUUUCUCAGCAGGACUUGUCGGGGGGUGACACUGCCUCUCUUAAAUUUGAAUCUGAGUAUGUCUACACAGACAGCCUAUUUUACAUGGAUCAUAAAUCAGCGAAAAAGUUACUUGCUUUUUAUGAAAAAAUAGGCACACUGAACUGUGAAAUAGAUGCUUAUGGAGACUUUCUGCAGGCUUUGGGACCUGGAGCAACUGUGGAGUAUACCAGAAACACAUCAAAUGUCACUAAAGAAGAGUCAGAGUUGGUAGACAUGAGGCAGAGAAUAUUUCACCUUCUUAAAGGGACAUCACUAAAUGUUGUUGUUCUUAAUAACUCCAAAUUUUAUCACAUUGGCACAACUGAAGAAUAUUUGUGUCACUUUACUUCAGCUAGCAGUUUGAAGUCAGAGCUUGGCUUACAGUCCAUAGCUUUUAGCAUCUCUCCAGCAGUACCAGAAUGCUUUGGUAACACAUCCUGUAUCAUUCAAAGUAUAUUGGAUUCAAGAUGUUCUGUGUCACCUGGCUCAGUUGUGGAGUACUCGAGAUUGGGGCCUGAUGUUUCAGUUGGGGAAAACUGCAUUAUUAGUGGUUCUUCUAUCAUAACAACAGCUGUCCUGCCUGCGUAUUCUUUUGUGUGUUCCUUAAGCUUGAAGAUGAAUGGACACUUAAAGUAUUCAACGAUGGCAUUUGGAGUGCAAGACAACCUGAAAAGGAAUGUUAAAACAUUGUCAGAUAUAAAGUCACUUCAAUUCUUUGGCGUCUGUUUCCUGUCAUGCUUAGAUAUUUGGAGUUUGAAAAUUACAGAGGAACUCUUCUCUGGAAACAAGACAUGUUUGAGUUUGUGGAAUGCUCGUAUUUUCCCAGUUUGUACUUCUUUGAAUGAUUCAGUUACAACAUCCAUAAAGAUGUUAAAUGCUGUGCAAAGCAAGUCAGCAUUCAGCCUGAAUAACUAUAAGCUGUUGUCCAUUGAAGAAAUGCUUGCCUACAAAGAUGUAGAAGACAUGAUAACCUAUAGGGAGCAAAUUUUUCUAGAAAUUACUUUGAAUAGAAAACUUUGAUUUAGAGACAUCUUAAAUAUUGCAUACUUUGCCUUUCUUGAUUGAGCUAGAUUGCAAAUAUAGGUGUUUUCUAUAGAUGUUUGUUUUAUUGAAGUCAUUUAACAAAAAUUAUGUUAACAGUUGCUGCAGCAUAAAAUCAAUAACACAAAAAUACAGAUAAACCAUUUUUGAAGAAAGAAUAUUUCUAGGCUGUAACUUCAGGAAAGGGAUUUUUAGAUGUUUAUUACUAUUUUAAUAUUUCUAUAAAUUAAGAUGGAUUUAUGGAGCAUUAGUUUGUUCACAUAAUAAUGUACUAGUUUUAAAGGUAUUUUUCUAAACAUACCUUUAGUUUUUCCCUCUUCUUUUGGGCUUCAGUUCCAAAAAAGUUCUUAGUGUUUAUUGGCAAUUCUCUUCUCAGAUGUAGUAAUUCUGAUUAACUAAUAAAAAUAGCAUACUAUCUGAUCUUCAGAGCACUGUUGGAAUACUGUCAAAAUAACAUUUGCAGGGACAGAUUUAUAAUUAGUAAAUUCAGAUUAAAUUAAUGCUUAAAAUAUUGUGAUAAUCUUAAUUGAUAAGUAAUGGACAACUCUGAAAUUGAUGCUAAAAAUCUCAUUUAUUGAUCUUACCAAAAUGAAACAAAAAAGGGUAUAUGUGUUAUUUUAUCCAUAUAAACUUGAAAAUGUGUUUGUAUAUCCUAAAAAUGUUCCCUAAAUUUUCAUCCAUAGGAAAGCAUACACACCCACAAAAGUCAAAUAUCUAUGUGGGGAAUAAUUGAGAUUUACUGAUAAUAAUAUGUUUAUUCCGAGCCCUACUUUCAUCCUCAUACUAAUCUCUUUAAUAGAACUGUUAAAUUACCAGAUGAACUGAUUUUACUUUUCAUUUCUUAUUUUCUGUCCAUGCGCUGGUAAUGAUGCUGAGAAGCAAUAAAUACCCAAAAGGUAGAUAGCGGGAAGGAGCCAGAAGAAGAGAAAGAUUAAGAAAAUGCAAACAUGAUAAAGAGCUUCAAGAAAUAAAAAUUGGCUGGUAUCCCAAGUUAUGUGUACCAAUCUAUAUAUAUAAAAGCCUAAUAUGCUAAGUGUCCCCUCGGGAGUUUGACCUAGAAACCAGGA